AUGAAGCAAGAGAGAGAAGAACUUGACCAGUCCUUGAGGGAGGUAACCAAGCAGAAGCAAGACGUUGACGAGCAGAGGUCUAUAAACAAUGAUUUGAAAAUAGAGCUCGAAGAAUUGAAGGUGAAACUGAAAGUGCAAGAAGAAGCUAUCACCUCUGAAAAACAAGAGAUGCAGAAUGAGAGGAAAAGGUUUGACCAAUCAAAGGCAUCUAUGCAGAGUGAAUUGCAGGACAUGAAGAUUGCCUUGGACAAAGCCAUGAUGGACUUACAAAAUCUGGAGGAAAUUAAGAGAAGUUUAGAAGAGGAAAGAGACCAAUUGAAAUUCACUGUGGAAGAGACAAACCAACAGAAGGAUGCCGUGGAGAAGAUGGCUGCUGAAAUAGAAAUGCAAAAGCAAGACAAUGAGACAAACAAAGCCCUUCUUGAAAGACAGAAAAAUGAUCUUGAAAAGAACUGGAUGGAUUUGAAGGGACGAGAGGUGGAGUUGCAGUUGCAAAUCACCAGUCAAAGGGAAAAAGAGGAAAGUGAAAAAUUGGCAAUUGAUGACCAGCGAAAUGCAUUGGAAAAAGAAAUGAGGACGAUCACCCAACAAAAAGAAGAAGCAGAAAAAGAAAGGGAAGAGAUAGUGAAGAAUUGGAAAGAAGUGGAUGCUCUUAAAGAACAAAUGAUAAAAGAGCGGACUGAAAUUGAGGAAAUCAAAAACAAGAUGUUAACAGACAAAACGCUACUUGACCAAAGAGAGACAGAACUGAAUGAACAAAAGCAAACUCUGGAGGACAAUUUGCAGGACAUAAUGAGGGACAGAAGCAAUCUGGACAAGAUGAAACAAGCAUAUGAAUUGCAGAUACAAGAAAUUGAAAGCACGGUCAGGGAAAAGAUGAAGCAAGAGAGAGAAGAACUUGACCAGUCCUUGAGGGAGGUAACCACGCAGAAGCAAGACGUUGACGAGCAGAGGUCUAUAAACAAUGAUUUGAAAAUAGAGCUCGAAGAAUUGAAGGUGAAACUGAAAGUGCAAGAAGAAGCUAUCACCUCUGAAAAACAAGAGAUGCAGAAUGAGAGGAAAAGGUUUGACCAAUCAAAGGCAUCUAUGCAGAGUGAAUUGCAGGACAUGAAGAUUGCCUUGGACAAAGCCAUGAUGGACUUACAAAUUCUGGAGGAAAUUAAGAGAAGUUUAGAAGAGGAAAGAGACCAAUUGAAAUUCACUGUGGAAGAGAAAAACCAACAGAAGGAUGCCGUGGAGAAGAUGGCUGCUGAAAUAGAAAUGCAAAAGCAAGACAAUGAGACAAACAAAGCCCUUCUUGAAAGACAGAAAAAUGAUCUUGAAAAGAACUGGAUGGAUUUGAAGGGACGAGAGGUGGAGUUGCAGUUGCAAAUCACCAGUCAAAGGGAAAAAGAGGAAAGUGAAAAAUUGGCAAUUGAUGACCAGCGAAAUGCAUUGGAAAAAGAAAUGAGGACGAUCACCCAACAAAAAGAAGAAGCAGAAAAAGAAAGGGAAGAGAUAGUGAAGAAUUGGAAAGAAGUGGAUGCUCUUAAAGAACAAAUGAUAAAAGAUCGGGAUGAAAUUGACGAAAUCAAAAACAAGAUGUUAACAGACAAAACGCUACUUGACCAAAGAGAGACAGAACUGAAUGAACAAAAGCAAAUUCUGGAGGACAAUUUCCAGGACAUAAUGAGGAAUAGAAGCAAUCUGGACAAGAUGAAACAAGCAUGUGAAUUGCAGAUACAAGAAAUUGAAAGCACUGUCAGGGAAAAGAUGAAGCAAGAGAGAGAAGAACUUGACAAGUUCUUGAGGGAGGUAACCAUGCAGAAGCAAGACGUUGAAGAGCAGAGGUCUAUAAACAAUGAUUUGAAAAUAGAGCUCGAAGAAUUGAAGGUGAAACUGAAAGUGCAAGAAGAAGCUAUCACCUCUGAAAAACAAGAGAUGCAGAAUGAGAGGAAAAGGUUUGACCAGUCAAAGGCAUCUAUGCAGAGUGAAUUGCAGGACAUGAAGAAUGCCUUGGACAAAGCCAUGAUGGACUUAGAAAAUCUGGAGGAAAUUAAGAGAAGUUUAGAAGAGGAAAGAGACCAAUUGAAAAUCACUGUGGAAGAGACAAACCAACAGAAGGAUGGCGUGGAGAAGAUGGCUGCUGAAAUAGAAAUGCAAAAGCAAGACAAUGAGACAAACAAAGCCCUUCUUGAAAGACAGAAAAAUGAUCUUGAAAAGAACUGGAUGGAUUUGAAGGGACGAGAGGUGGAGUUGCAGUUGCAAAUCACCAGUCAAAGCGAAAAAGAGGAAAGUGAAAAAUUGGCAAUUGAUGACCAGCGAAAUGCAUUGGAAAAAGAAAUGUGGACGAUCACCCAACAAAAAGAAGAAGCAGAAAAUGAAAGGGAAGAGUUAGUGAAGAAUUGGAAAGAAGUGGAUGCUCUUAAAGAACAAAUGAUAAAAGAGCGGGCUGAAAUUGAGGAAAUCAAAAACAAGAUGUUAACAGACAAAACGCUACUUGACCAAAGAGAGACAGAACUGAAUGAACAAAAGCAAACUCUGGAGGACAAUUUGCAGGACAUAAUGUGGGAUAGAAGCAAUCUGGACAAGAUGAAACAAGCAUAUGAAUUGCAGAUACAAGAAAUUGAAAGCACAGUCAGGGAAAAGAUGAAGCAAGAGAGAGAAGAACUUGACCAGUCCUUGAGGGAGGUAACCAAGCAGAAGCAAGACGUUGACGAGCAGAGGUCUAUAAACAAUGAUUUGAAAAUAGAGCUCGAAGAAUUGAAGGUGAAACUGAAAGUGCAAGAAGAAGCUAUCACCUCUGAAAAACAAGAGAUGCAGAAUGAGAGGAAAAGGUUUGACCAAUCAAAGGCAUCUAUGCAGAGUGAAUUGCAGGACAUGAAGAAUGCCUUGGACAAAGCCCUAAUGGACUUACAAAACCUGGAGGAAAUUAAGAGAAGUUUAGAAGAGGAAAGAGACCAAUUGAAAAUCACUGUGGAAGAGACAAACCAACAGAAGGAUGCUGUGGAGAAGAUGGCUGCUGAAAUAGAAAUGCAAAAGCAAGACAAUGAGACAAACAAAGCCCUUCUUGAAAGACAAAAAAAUGAUCUUGAAAAGAACUGGAUGGAUUUGAAGGGACUAGAGGUGGAGUUGCAGUUGCAAAUCACCAGUCAAAGGGAAAAAGAGGAAAGUGAAAAUUUGGCAAUUGAUGACCAGCGAAAUGCAAUGGAAAAAGAAAUGAGGACGAUCACCCAACAAAAAGAUGAAGCAGAAAAAGAAAGGGAAGAGAUAGUGAAGAAUUGGAAAGAAGUAUAUGCUCUUAAAGAACAAAUGAUAAAAGAGCGGGCUGAAAUUGACGAAAUCAAAAACAAGAUGUUAACAGACAAAACGCUACUUGACCAAAGAGAAACAGAACUGAAUGAACAAAAGCAAACUCUGGAGGACAAUUUGCAGGACAUAAUGAGGGACAGAAGCCAUCUGGACAAGAUGAAACAAGCAUAUGAAUUGCAGAUACAAGAAAUUGAAAGCACGGUCAGGGAAAAGAGGAAGCAAGAGAGAGAAGAACUUGACCAGUCCUUGAGGGAGGUAACCACGCAGAAGCAAGACGUUGACGAGCAGAGGUCUAUAAACAAUGAUUUGAAAAUAGAGCUCGAAGAAUUGAAGGUGAAACUGAAAGUGCAAGAAGAAGCUAUCACCUCUGAAAAACAAGAGAUGCAGAAUGAGAGGAAAUGGUUUGACCAGUCAAAGGCAUCUAUGCAGAGUGCAUUGCAGGACAUGAAGAAUGCCUUGGACAAAGCCCUAAUGGACUUACAAAACCUGGAGGAAAUUAAGAGAAGUUUAGAAGAGGAAAGAGACCAAUUGAAAAUCACUGUGGAAGAGACAAACCAACAGAAGGAUGCUGUGGAGAAGAUGGCUGCUGAAAUAGAAAUGCAAAAGCAAGACAAUGAGACAAACAAAGCCCUUCUUGAAAGACAGAAAAAUGAUCUUAAAAAGAACUGGAUGGAUUUGAAGGGACGAGAGGUGGAGUUGCAGUUGCAAAUCACCAGUCAAAGGGAAAAAGAGGAAAGUGAAAAAUUGGCAAUUGAUGACCAGCAAAAUGCAUUGGAAAAAGAAAUGAGGAAGAUCACCCAACAAAAAGAAGAAGCAGAAAAAGAAAGGGAAGAGAUAGUGAAGAAUUGGAAAGAAGUGGAUGCUCUUAAAGAACAAAUGAUAAAAGAGCGGACUGAAAUUGAGGAAAUCAAAAACAAGAUGUUAACAGACAAAACGCUACUUGACCAAAGAGAGACAGAACUGAAUGAACAAAAGCAAACUCUGGAGGACAAUUUCCAGGACAUAAUGAGGGAUAGAAGCAAUCUGGACAAGAUGAAACAAGCAUAUGAAUUGCAGAUACAAGAAAUUGAAAGCACUGUCAGGGAAAAGAUGAAGCAAGAGAGAGAAGAACUUGACCAGUCCUUGAGGGAGGUAACCACGCAGAAGCAAGACGUUGACGAGCAGAGGUCUAUAAACAAUGAUUUGAAAAUAGAGCUCGAAGAAUUGAAGGUGAAACUGAAAGUGCAAGAAGAAGCUAUCACCUCUGAAAAACAAGAGAUGCAGAAUGAGAGGAAAAGGUUUGACCAAUCAAAGGCAUCUAUGCAGAGUGAAUUGCAGGACAUGAAGAUUGCCUUGGACAAAGCCAUGAUGGACUUACAAAAUCUGGAGGAAAUUAAGAGAAGUUUAGAAGAGGAAAGAGACCAAUUGAAAUUCACUGUGGAAGAGACAAACCAACAGACGGAUGCCGUGGAGAAGAUGGCUGCUGAAAUAGAAAUGCAAAAGCAAGACAAUGAGACAAACAAAGCCCUUCUUGAAAGACAGAAAAAUGAUCUUGAAAAGAACUGGAUGGAUUUGAAGGGACGAGAGGUGGAGUUGCAGUUGCAAAUCACCAGUCAACGGGAAAAAGAGGAAAGUGAAAAAUUGGCAAUUGAUUACCAGCGAAAUGCAUUGGAAAAAGAAAUGAGGACGAUCACCCAACAAAAAGAAGAAGCAGAAAAAGAAAGGGAAGAGAUAGUGAAGAAUUGGAAAGAAGUGGAUGCUCUUAAAGAACAAAUGAUAAAAGAUCGGGAUGAAAUUGAGGAAAUCAAAAACAAGAUGUUAACAGACAAAACGCUACUUGACCAAAGAGAGACAGAACUGAAUGAACAAAAGCAAAUUCUGGAGGACAAUUUCCAGGACAUAAUGAGGAAUAGAAGCAAUCUGGACAAGAUGAAACAAGCAUGUAAAUUGCAGAUACAAGAAAUUGAAAGCACUGUCAGGGAAAAGAUGAAGCAAGAGAGAGAAGAACUUGACCAGUCCUUGAGGGAGGUAACCAUGCAGAAGCAAGACGUUGAAGAGCAGAGGUCUAUAAACAAUGAUUUGAAAAUAGAGCUCGAUGAAUUGAAGUUGAAACUGAAAGUGCAAGAAGAAGCUAUCACCUCUGAAAAACAAGAGAUGCAGAAUGAGAGGAAAAGGUUUGACCAAUCAAAGGCAUCUAUGCAGAGUGAAUUGCAGGACAUGAAGAAUGCCUUGGACAAAGCCCUAAUGGACUUACAAAACCUGGAGGAAAUUAAGAGAAGUUUAGAAGAGGAAAGAGACCAAUUGAAAAUCACUGUGGAAGAGACAAACCAACAGAAGGAUGCUGUGGAGAAGAUGGCUGCUGAAAUAGAAAUGCAAAAACAAGACAAUGAGACAAACAAAGCCCUUCUUGAAAGACAGAAAACUUAUCUUGAAAAGAACUGGAUGGAUUUGAAGGGACGAGAGGUGGAGUUGCAGUUGCAAAUCACCAGUCAAAGGGAAAAAGAGGAAAGUGAAAAAUUGGCAAUUGAUGAUCAGCAAAAUGCAUUGGAAAAAGAACUUAGGAAGAUCAACCAACAAAAACAGGAAGCAGAAAAAGAAAGGGAAGAGAUAGUGAAGAAUUGGAAAGAAGUGGAUGCUCUUCAAGAACAAAUGAUAGAGUGGUCUGAAAUUGAGGAAAUCAAAAACAAGAUGUUCACAGACAAAAUGCUACUUGACCAAAGAGAGACAGAACUGAACGAACAAAAGCAAAUUCUGGAGGACAAUUUGAAAGAAAUUGUGAGUGAUAAAAGCAAUAUGGACUUGAUAGAGCAAGACAUUUCUCAAGAAAUUUUCAGUAAACAGCAAAGUGAAAAGGUCGAAAAAAUUAAAAGACAUGGUAUGGAGCAGAUUAACUUAGAAAGCCAGAGGCUGAGAGAUGAAGCAGACUAUUUAACAGAAAUUUGUCAAAGGAGAAGACAAGAUUUGCAGCAAACAGAUGUUUUACAAAAACAAAGUGAGAAAAUGAGAAGAAAUGAGAUGAUACAACAGAUCUAUGUCAGACAAACAUAUAAAGAGAAGGCAAAAGACAAAUGCAUACAGUGUAAAAUGGAAAAACAAAUGAAAGAUACAGAAACCAUGACAGAGAUUACUCCUGAUGCAAUAAUCACUGAGGAGACAGCUAUCACUCUCAGAGAUGCCCUGAGUGACAAAAACAUCAUUAAAGAAAUGAGUAGAACAAUAGAGAACAUGGAGAACGAACUAGAGAAAAGAUUACAAGAAAUUCAGAAGAAUGAACUAAAGAGAGUUGGAGUACAGAAAGAGAAAAUCAAUCUGGAGCUGAUGAAAUCUCAUCAUGAAAGAGAGACAGAGAAACAGAAAGUCAUGGAGAAGGAAAAACAAAUCAUUCUGUUGAAGGAGUGUAUGCUGAUAGAGAUUAACCAACUCAAGAGCAAGAGAAAAGAUACAAACACCAAAUACCUACAAACGAUGGAGCAGCUCAUCACUGAAAUAGCCACAAAUAAGGACAGAAUCAGGCAUGUGACAGACAAAGCUGUACAAACAGUGACAGAAGAAAGACAAGAUGGGCGGACAAGAGAAGAGGAGGUCUGGGCUGAACAACAGGUGGAGGAAAUUCAGACAGAAGGACCAAUGGAACAAGCCAGUGCUUCUGUCCAUGUGCUGAUUGAUGAUAGGAAUGAGAGACUAAAUAGAGAGGCUCCAAGGGAAACGCAAACUACAAUUCUAUUACAAAGACGCUGGCUUCCGCAAUGGAUCAGGGAAUGCUGUGAAUGCUGUUGCCCAACUGAAACUAUGCAAGAUGAAUGAAGCAUUUUAGAUUCUUGAAGCCAAGGAAUUGUUCCCAGAAACCAAAUACAUUAAAAUCUGAACAAGAUUUUUUUUUUAAAUUCAACUUUCUACAAAUUUACUUACCCCUUCCCAUGCUGGCUUGUGGUAUAAAACUAUUAUGGUAUUUUCUACAGAAGCCAAAAUCGAGUGAUACUGCACAACUUGGCAUACAGCUGAAACACCUUUCACUGAAUAUGAGACAACUGAGCUGUACUUCUUGUUAUUAUUAUUAUUAUUAUUAUUAUUAUUAUUAUUAUUAUUAUUAUCCAUUUAACAGUUAUUCCACAAAAUCGAGUCAUACGUACAUGAGCUGAUAGCUGAUGAGGUGCAUCGCACCGAGUUGGCUAUAAACCAUGUACAAUGAGAAUGAGUGGAAUAACUGGUUUAUUCUAUCCACAUUCACUGGAUUUUGAGAAACAGAGCAUUUUUAUUUUUUGCAAAUUCAAUAAAUAAAAACUUUAUACAAAACGUCCAACAAAAUCAUUUCUGCUUAGGAUAUAAACAAACCGGCAAAAUGACAGUCGCAAUUUGUGAAAAAUGCUGUAAUAAUAAUUCUUGAAAAAUUAAAAAAUAUGCUUUCUUACCGCCAAAUACUUUUAUUCCAUAUUUUGUUGCUUUUUUGUAUUUUUUGGGGGUUUUGUUUCCAAGUAGAGUUUUUAUUUUGCCCUCGGUUGGUUCAGCAACACGGUCCACCAUUUUCUUUUUCUCCACUCACAGUAUAUAAGCUCAUAUCCUAGUAGUAGAGUAGCCAAUCAGAGUGUGCAAUUGCUCAUAUCCAGUGAAUGUAGAUAUAAUAAUGAUGAUUAUAUUAAUUGCUAUAAUUUAUAAUUUUUAUUGAUUAGUUGACUACUGACCAAUUUUCCAUGCUUUAUCAAUUUUUCUGUGUGUGUGUGUGUGUGUGUGUGAGUGUGUGUGUGUGAUUCUUAGGCAUAUUUCAUUGUUGCAAACCAAUCUGGUACAAAUAUUCAACUAAUCUACAUACUGGCUUUUAAUUCUGAUUUCAUGUAUUUUAAUAACACAAUAUUGGAAUAGUUCCAAACUUUUGUCAUGGCUCCCUGUGUGACAAGGUUGAAGGUAACAUGCAUAGAUCAUCUAUGUCAUCAUGUAUCAUUGUAAACCCAUAUAUGAUGUACCUGUAAAGACAUGUAGGAUUCAAGUGCUGGUGCCCUCUUCGGUGGUGCUGAAACUAAAUUUUCUAAUUAAAUUGGAAAGACAGCAGGGUCUCCUUCACUCCCCCAUAAUUUCACUGGACAUACCUGUGAGCUGUAAGUAAUACUUUGUGCCAAAAUCAAGCACCUAGCAUGUUCAGAGAGCAUGCCCAAGUAUUGUACAGCCAGUAGUUUGGAAAUAGUUUUGGCUGCAUGGUCAUCGGAGGAGGACCGUGCUAGUCUUCACUUGUCCAAACUGUCAUUGUCUGGUGAUGGGGGAAAGAUCUCUGACUCUGACUUGAAAGAAUCCAAUUCCCUAAAAGUAUGCAGUCUCUACAGUGACAAAUUUACAAUGGAAUAUGGAUGACGUUGCAACUUACCUUAAAAAACUGGGAGCUGUGAAACAUUAAUUAGUUCACCAGAUUAAAAUUUAAUAAUUAGAUUGACACAGAAACGAGUUAACAGUAGUUAUGUAUGCAACUACAUAUACAGCAAUAAA